AUGGCAACCCAGUUAAACCAUGUGAGCAGAACUUCAAUUCUAAAGCACAAAACACAAUCAGAGACCCCUUUGAGAACCUCAACUAGAACCCCAAGAUUUCAAGUGAUCAAUGCAACAUCUUCUACCAGCAGUGCAAGGCAGCUUAUAGAGUCUGGCACAGUAAGGGCUAUAUUUCCUAAAGAUGCCUCCUCAGCCAUACACUCAGAGGGCUAUAUUCUCCUUGAUGUUAGGCCAAUGUGGGAGAGAGAAAAGGCACGUGUGUCAGGGUCUCUGCACGUGCCAAUCUUUGUGGAAGACAAGGAUAACAGUCCUAUAACUUUACUUAAGAAGUGGGUGCAUUUUGGGUACAUUGGCUUGUGGACUGGCCAGUACCUCACUACUGUGAAUUCUGAGUUCUUUAGUCAAGUGGAAAAUGCCAUUCCUGGUAAGGACACCAAGGUUCUUGUGGCAUGUGGAGAAGGAUUGAGGUCAAUGACAGCAGCUUCAAAACUGUAUAAUGGAGGUUACAAAAAUCUUGGAUGGUUGGCUGGAGGAUUUAAUCGUUCAAAGGACAAUGACUUCCCAACAAUAGAAGGAAAAGAGAAGUUGCAGCAUGCUACAGUUGGAGGGUUUUCUUACAUAUUCCUUCAGUUGCUCAUAUUUCUAAAGGCUGUGGGUUAA